AUGUCACGUCGAGCUCGUUCAUUGAGUCGCCUCCGUGGUGUAACACCAGGACGCGAAACAACUCCAUCUAUUUACGAGGCUGGAUCAGCUUAUGAUGGUACCGGUGGAAGCGGUUUUUCAACCCGUCUGAAUGUUUAUACACCUGAUGUCUAUGGAGCAUUUUCUCGUUUGGGUCGAUCUGCUUCAGUAGCUCGAUUCAAGGAUGUCGACAAUGAAUUGCUCGGUAGUGACUACAAUCGAUGGAAUCGAUCACGAUCGGUCAAUCGUUUUGAUUAUUUAAGAGCAAGACGUCCUUAUUCUGCAUAUGGUACACAUGAUUUCGAUUAUUUUGAUCGUUAUACAGAACGUAUUCGGGAUAAAACACCAAUUGCUCUUGAUAGUCAUUAUAGACAUUAUAGGCCUUAUUAUUGGUAUCAUACAGCACCGCGUACCUUUUAUUAUUAUUUUCCAUACGAUGAUUGGCGUUAUCGACCACUUUAUAACUAUCGUUCACCUGCACUUUAUUCAGCUGCAGGUAAUUCAUCGUAUGAUUAUCGUUUUAAUGAUUCAAUUGAUCGUGUAUCCUCGUUAAAACGUGCCAUGCGUGAUAUUGAUUAUACACGUGAAUUACGACAAUUACGUUAUCGUACACCAUCAACAUUUUCGGCUCUUACACAUGAUAAUCAAUAUUUAGGUCGAGCACGUGACGAUGUUCGACGUGCUAUUGAUUUUCGUGUUGGUAGUAGCGGUAUUUCAAGACUUGAUAAUCCAAGAGAUUAUUUUGGAAGAAAAUAUGUUCAAUUUGAAAAAGAUGGUGUUAAUAAUGUCGGUGUUCAAUAUACUGGUUUAACAAAAGCUGUAGAACAUAAGCCAAGUUAUUGGAGAGCUGAAGAUAAUGUUGAAACGGGCUAUGAUUUACAAGAACAAAAUGAUGAUACAUUAUAUAAACUUUAUGAUAAUCAAAAUCUGAUUGAUUCAAGUCGUGAAUCGCUUUUACAAGAUAAAGCUGGUAUUGCUCCUCGAAUGUUUUAUUUCGAUUUGAAUUCUCGCCAGGCUCGUCGUGACGUUGAUAAUUCAUUACGUCUCGUUCGUAAUCUUAAACAAUUCAAACACGAGACAUUUAAUCGAUUAUCACAACCAUGGACAUUUGGAAGAUAUGUUUAUUAG